UUUCGUUUUCCCCUUUCUUCUUUAUAAAAAAAAAAAAAACAGAGGCCAAAACAGAACAGAAAACAGAGCGUCCUUCUGUUUCCGAUGGCCAGACCUCAGCAAAGAUACAGGGGCGUUCGCCAAAGACACUGGGGAUCUUGGGUCUCUGAGAUCCGACACCCAUUACUCAAAACAAGAAUUUGGCUGGGGACAUUUGAGACAGCAGAGAGCGCAGCGAGAGCCUACGACGAGGCAGCGAGGCUAAUGUGUGGGCCGGCAGCGAGGACUAAUUUCCCCUACAAUCCCAAUUCCUCUUCUUCUUCUUCUUCUAAUUCUAGAUUUUUAUCAGCAGCUCUCACUGCUAAGCUUCAUAAAUGCAAUAUGAUGUCCCUUGAUCGAGCUAAUCAGUCAAUUGCGAAGAAGCCCAUGGUUUCGAUGAAGCAGGGUGAGAUUAAAAUUGAACAGAGAGAGAUGCAGUGGAGUUAUUUGGAGGAGGAGCACAUUGAGCAGAUGAUUGAGGAGUUGCUGGACUCUGGACUGUCGAUGGAGAUAGUUAGUUAGUACUCAUUUAGUAAUGACUAGUAAUGUAAUGUAGCUUUUUAUUUUAUUUUUUUUCCUUCUAAGUUGAGGUAUGAGAUUGGAUAAUGCUGAGUUUAAUUGUACAGGGUUAUAUGCGAGUUAUUGAGUUGAUAUUUUUCUGAAAGA